CCCGCCCACCCGUCCGCGAAGGCGGUGUGUGUAAAAGGCCACCGGCGUCGGCUGGGCUAGGRUCUGUCGCCCAAUUCCACACCGGCCGGUCGGAGCUCCUGCAGCAGCGUGUGCAGGUGGUGUGACGUGGGGCAGAGGCACCGGAGGUUGGUGGUACUUUAGCCUAGGGACGGAGAGUUGGAACUAGCAAAGGAGAAGGGUCUCAUUUAAUUGCUUAGGUCUUGCUAAGAUGUUGAGAUUGGCCUUGAACUUGUGAUCCUCCUGCCUCAGCCUCUGCAGUUGCUGGGAUUACAGAUGUGUGUUGCUGCACCCGGCUUCAUUUAUAUUUCACGUGUACCUUCAUGGCUGGAAGGAAGAGUCCGCUGAAGGAGAAGGUCAUGGACUUGAUGUCCUCUACUUCCAUCCUGCCCCUGCUGUUAGGCUGCCUGGGCAUCUUUGGCAUCUAUCAGCUGCUGCAGCGGAUGCGCAUAAAGGCCUACGUUCAGAAUACUGUGGUGGUGAUAACAGGCGCCACCUCUGGKCUGGGCAGAGAAUGUGCCAGAGUCUUCCAUGCUGCAGGUGCUAAGCUGGUGCUCUGUGGCCGGAAUGUAGAGGCCCUCGAAGAACUCACCAGAGAGCUCACUGCUUCUCAUACCUCCCAGAAGCAGACGCACAAGCCUUACACAGUGACCUUCGACCUCGCAGACACGGGGGCUACUGUUGCUGCAGCAGCUGAGAUCCUGCAGUGCUUUGGCUAUGUGGAUGUACUCAUCAAUAAUGCUGGGAUCAGCUACCGAGGGACCAUCACAGACACCACAGUGGAUGUGGACAAGAGGGUCAUGGAGACAAACUACUUUGGCCCUAUUGCUCUAACAAAAGCACUCCUGCCCUCCAUGAUCAAGAGGAAGCAAGGCCACAUCGUCACCAUCAGCAGCAUCCAGGGCAAAAUCAGUAUUCCUUUUCGAUCAGCAUAUGCAGCCUCCAAGCAUGCAACCCAGGCCUUCUUUGACUGUCUKCGUGCUGAGAUGGAACAGGAUGGGAUCCAGGUGACUGUCAUCAGUCCCGCCUACAUCUAUACCAACCUCUCUGUAAAUGCCAUUACCGCGGAUGGGUCCAGAUAUGGAGCUGUUGACAAGAACACAGCCCAGGGCCGAAGCCCUGCAGAGGUGGCCCAAGAUGUUCUUGCUGCUGUGGGGAAGAGGAAGAAAGAUGUGAUCGUGGCUGACUGGCUGCCUUCCUUGGCCGUUUAUCUUCGAACUCUGGCUCCUGGGCUCUUCUUCAGCAUCAUGGCCUUCAGGGCCAGAAAGGAAAGAAAAUCUAAGAAUUCCUAAUCCUGUCCAGAGCUAGCAGCUCCAACCAGUUUGAGCUAGGAUGAGGAGCAACACUUCCCCAGGCUUGCCUGCUCUYCAAGGGACAGCUGUGCUUGAGACUUUAAUGGCAAUUUGCCCUCCAGGUGGAAAAGACUGAAGAAACUUUUCUCCUGCAGGUCYAUGAUACAGCCCCAGGCCAUGAGCUUCUUCUUAGAGGUGAGGGAUAAGCACUUAAGGAAUGAAUAUGGAGAUGGGUUUCAACUCUAAAAACAUGAAAUAAAUGAUAGGAAUAGUAAGAGUYAUAAACCUCAGUGACUAGAAGAACUGAAGCAUGUCCUUUGAACUCCAGCCUUGAUGACUCCUAGAAAACUGUCUUGGAGUCAGAUGUUAUAACAUCACCUGACCCAGUUGUUCGAGUUUGACAUAUCCAAGACCACUUGACCCAUUUGCUUUGGAGGGGACAACCACCAGCACUUGGGAGAGAAGGUGGUAUUUUUAGGAAAUCAUUAUUCAUAUCCCUUUCCAGGAUCCUGUGAUAGCCCAUUUGAUAUAGAAAAUGGUGGGCUACUUUGUGAUGGGUUCUAUGGCACAUCCCAAGUGGCUUUAGCACCAAAAGGUAUUCCCUAUGUUCCUUCUCACUCUAACCACAGCCUUAGAGGAUGCCAGGCAUCAUUCAAGCAGAUGAAUUUCCUAAAGAGGCAGCAACCAGAAGGGAGACCUCUACAUGGCCCUAGACAUCCUCUAGGUAAAGAAACCUUUGGAGACUGGCCUGGUGAGCAGAGCUGAAGCUGGAAGGAGUUCAUUUGCUGAUUAUAGCCAGAGAGAAGGCCUGGGUCCACCUUUGAUUUAUUAAAAGUACAUAGUUGA